AGCUGUGGGGCAGUUCUGCAAAACAUCUGAUUCUUUUUUCACUUCUAAGUAUGCACAAUGACCCCAAACCCCCAAAAAAAAGGGCAAAUAUACAUACAUAUCACGCAUUUAUUAUUAUAGGAAACUAUUUCAAAUUUUCAAUAUAUGUUUGUACAUAAAGCGUAAAUAUCGAAAGGUAAAAUUUAAGAGAAAAGCGGAUGUUAAGCUGGCAGCCCUGGGCUUUUUAUAAUUUAAUUCACAAUUGAGUAAACACCUGUCUACUAUUGCGAAUAAUUUUUGUGAUUAAUAAACAAAAAAGAGUGGUUAAUUGAAUGGAGAAAUGUUGAAAUUUCUGUUUUGCAUAAAUUAACUACAUCUGUCAUAUUGCAACAACAGCUCUGACUAAUCAGUGCAGUGCAAUUGAAGUCAAUAUAAAAAUAUUAAACAUCCCACGUCGGCCAAUGCUACCCGAAUAAUUGCAAAAUGAUGUUAAGAAGGUGUUGCCUGCGACGCUGCAGCACCAGUACAAUUAUCACCACGCUGGCUGCAUCCUUGGCGCUUACCUACUAUAUCUACUACCAACACAACUCCAUCGUGGAAGCUGGAUGGAAGUUACCCAGUUGGAAUGAUUCACGCACACCGAAUCCUAAUUUCAUGUGGGAGGCUCGAGUUAAAGAAUGUUGUAAAGGGGGGCCGGAAAAAGGCGCUUUGCAUGAAACUAUAGAACCUUUGAAGAUGUUAGGUGUACUACGCGAUAAGAAAGAUAAGUAUAUACGCGAUAUUGGAUUUAAAAAUCAUGCUUUUAAUGCGCUUAUUUCAAACAACAUUGGACCAUAUCGUGAGGUGCCUGAUACACGGCAUAAAAUAUGUUCCCAAGAACCCAACGAUCCUAAUGAAGAUUUACCAACUAUUUCAGUGAUUAUGUGCUUCUAUAAUGAACACAAGAUGACACUAAUACGUUCCAUUAACUCUGUAAUAAAACGUACGCCAGCGCAUAUGCUAAAAGAAAUUAUACUGGUUGAUGAUUUUAGUGACCUUCCCGAGUUAGAAUUUCAUUUGUUAAGCGAUUUACAUGCGCAACUUCAUUACGAUCGUCUGCAUUAUAUGCGCAAUGAAAAACGAGAAGGGCUGAUACGUUCGCGUAUAGCAGGCGCACAUUCCGCGGAGGGCGAUGUGCUGGUUUUCCUCGAUUCGCACAUCGAAGUUAACCAACAGUGGGCAGAACCGCUAGCGCGUGCAGUGAAGCAAGAAAAUUCAACCAUCGCCGUACCGGUGAUGGAUCUUAUUAGCCCUGAUACGUUUGAAUACAGUCCUAGUCCCUUAGUGCGUGGUGGUUUUAAUUGGGGCUUACACUACAAGUGGAUCACAUUGCCAAAAGGCACUUUGAAAAAAGAUGAGGACUUCAAAGGCCCAUUUAACACACCUACAAUGGCGGGCGGUCUCUUUGCAGUAAAUCGACAGUACUUCAAACAUAUUGGUGAAUACGACGAAGGCAUGGAUAUAUGGGGCGGUGAGAAUAUCGAAAUUUCCUUCCGCGUCUGGCAAUGUCACGGCGCUAUAAAGAUAUACCCCUGUUCGCGGGUUGGACAUAUCUUCCGCAAAAGACGUCCCUAUUCCGCUCCCGAUGGUAAGGAUACGAUGAAGCGCAACUCAUUACGCGCAGCACACGUUUGGAUGGACGAAUACAAGGAUUACUUCCUGAAGGAAACAAAAUCCGGACGCGAUUUGGACUACGGUGACAUAUCAACGCGUUUAGAACUACGUAAACGUUUGAAAUGCCAUGACUUCGCAUGGUAUAUGAAAAAUGUGUACCCCGAAAUGCUGCUGCCUGGCCAAGAAAGCAAGAAAUCUGCAGCGGCUGCUGGUGUUUAUCAACCAUGGCAUUCACGAAAACGUAAUUACCUUGCCGCAUACAUGAUACGACUGACUGGCACUAAUUUAUGUGCGUCCGUUGUGGCGCCCAAAGUCAAGGGCUUCUUAAAGAAGGGUAGUCCCCUGAUUUUGCAAGCUUGCAUUCGCACUCGUAACCAAAUAUGGUAUGAAACCGACAAGGCCGAGAUCGUGCUGGACAAGUUGUUAUGCCUCGAGUCAUAUGGCGACUCGCAGGUGCACAUAAAUAAGUGCCACGAAAUGCUGGGCGAUCAGCAAUGGCGACAUACUCGCACUGAGCAUAGUCCCAUCUACAAUAUGGCGGCAGGCACUUGUAUGCGUGCGAAAGCAGCACAAAUAGGUGCUGGCAUCAUAUUGGAUUUGUGCUCGAAAGACGAUGCGAGUGCAUGGGAUAUAGUGAAGGUAGAGGAGACAUCGUGAGAUGUGCGUUGGUGGAAAGGAAAAUAAUUGCGAUAAUGAAAAAUGGACGCACAGGACGAAGUAAACGAUAUGUCAGCCGCCAUUAGUUGUGCAAUCCGGGAAUGAUAGACUGAUCUUCACUGCAGCAAUAUACUCGUAGUUAUUAUGUAUCCAAGUAGUUAUUAGUUUAAACUAAGUGUAUAAAUUCGUAUGCUUGCGAAUAUUUUCUACAUUUUUAAGUUGUAAAAUAGGCAACAAAUUAUUUUUUAUAUCAAUUUACUUAUAUAUAAACCAAUAUGGAAAAUAUUCAUUUUAGUAUGCAGCACAUGCUCCGUAUUCACUUGGUAGGUAAUUAUAUUUACCAGUAUUGACGAAUGUAAUUUGUACAAUAACAUCACUACUAGACGUGUCUAAUAUUCUUUAUUCUUAUAUGUACGUACAUUCAUACAUACUUAUGUGUGUAUUUAAGCUAAAAAGACAUUUGUAGUUUUGUAAUCACUUUAGUUUAAAUAAAAUUUUCAAAAGACGUCAAUGCGUA